AGAUUUUGGUAUGCGUACUACAGGGGAUGAAGAGCUUGAGAAAUGAUAAAUAUUUACUACUAAAGUCAGAGAGAGGUGUUAAUAAAAAGCAUAACCCAAAAACAAAAAGAGAAAAAAAAAAAAGAGCUUAAAAUCAAAUCAGGUUGGUUUUCUUCACACAGAAGGAGAGAGGUAAGGAAAGGAAAGCAAGAGAUAGAGACACCCAUGAAAGAUCAAAAGUUUCAAAGUGGGGAGAGAUAUAUCUGAGAAAAAGACUUGUCCCUCUUGUGGCAACUUGGAUAUACUUUGACAAGAAAGCUUUGAUCCUCCCUCCCUCCUUCCCUCCCUCUCUCCGUCUCCCUGAGUUGGGUUUUACAACUAGUAGAAGUUUCCUUUAGAAUUCAAAACCAAAAACUGAGUUUCUUUGUUGGAGAAAAAAAGAGAUGAAAAUGGUCUAAAAGGAAGAGUCUUGCAUGGCGAGCCACGGGGUUGGGGAGACUGGUUUAUCAGACUCGGGUCCUUCUAAUCAUCAUCUCCCUUAUGCAGCUCUUCAUGGAAUCAAUACUCCAUCUACCAGUUUCUUUAAUCAAGAAGGACCUUCUUUUGAUUUUGGAGAGCUGGAAGAAGCAGUUCUGCAAGGAGUUAAGAUUAGGAAUGAUGAAGCUAGAGCACCUUUAUUCAGACCUGCAGCUACUCUGGAAAUGUUCCCCCCAUGGCCAAUAAGAUUCCAACCAACACCAAGAGUAGGAAGUUCAAAGUCGGGAGGGGAAAGUACUGAUUCAGGAUCAGCAGUGAACACUCUUUCAAGCAAAGCUGAGGCCCAGCUGGACCCGGAUUCUCCUAUCAGUAAAAAGGCAUCUUCUUCGGAUCAUCAUCAGGCUUUUGAUCAUAAGCAUCUACAGCUGCAACAGCACCAGCAACAAAUGGAGAUGACAAGUGAUACUUCAAGAAUAGGAGCACCCUCAGAAUUAAAUCAAUCACCUGCCAAACCAUCCCAAGAAAAGCAAAUGGCAGAUAAUGAUGAUUUUGCGUACCCAUUUCAUGUUGAUGAUUAUCAUUUCCAAGAGCAGCACCCACAUCAACAACAGAUAACAGAAUUGCUUCCCACAAUCUCUAGGAAGGGUUCAACAUCAGAGAAACAGCUUGAUGCAAAGACAUUGAGACGUUUAGCUCAAAACAGAGAAGCUGCAAGGAAGAGCCGCCUUAGGAAGAAGGCCUAUGUGCAGCAGCUAGAAUCCAGUAGAAUAAAGCUUACCCAAUUAGAGCAAGACCUCCAAAGUGCUCGCCAGCAGGGGUUGUUCUUAGGUGGCUGUAGUGGUGCUGGUGGCAAUAUAAGCUCUGGAGCUGCAAUAUUUGAUAUGGAGUAUGCAAGAUGGUUAGAGGAUGAUCACAGGCACAUGUCAGAGCUCAGAACAGGAUUGCAAGCACAUUUAUCAGAUGGUGACCUCAGGGUUAUAGUAGAUAGAUACAUUUCACAUUAUGAUGAAGUUUUCCGGUUGAAGGGGGUGGCUGCGAAAUCCGACGUUUUUCACCUUAUUACCGGAAUGUGGUCAACUCCGGCGGAGCGUUGCUUCCUCUGGAUGGGUGGUUUUAGGCCCUCAGAACUCAUCAAGAUGUUAACAUCUCAGUUAGACCCAUUAACAGAACAGCAAAUAAUGGGAAUUUGCAGCCUCCAACAAUCAUCACAGCAGGCAGAAGAAGCUCUCUCCCAGGGCUUGGAGCAACUCCAACAGUCUCUAGUUGACACCAUUGCCAGUGGUCCAGUUAUUGAUGGUAUGCAGCAGAUGGCAGUAGCCUUGGGGAAGCUUGCCAACCUUGAAGGAUUCAUUCGCCAGGCUGAUAAUUUGAGACAACAAACCCUUCACCAACUUCGCCGGAUAUUGACAGUAAGACAAGCUGCGCGGUGUUUUCUGGUGAUCGGAGAAUAUUAUGGGCGGUUACGAGCACUAAGCUCACUCUGGGCAUCUCGUCCUCGAGAGUCAUUGCUUGGGGAGGAUAAUACAUGUCAAACAGCAAGUGAUCUGCAAAUGGUUCAGCCACCACAAAAUCAUUUCUCAAACUUUUGAAGAAGAUGAAGAAAGCAAGCACAGCUAUCUGAUGUAGUGCUUAAAUUUCUUUGUAAUGUGAUAAAAUUAAUGGUUUGAGAGGAUAUAGGAUCUUUUAUUGGUUUUUUCUUUUUUAAUUUUAUUCUCUAUCUUUACAUUAAUUAUCAAUUACUAUGUUAUCUUUGUAAAUGUAAAUCCAUUUUAUAUUUGCAUGAAAAAGCUUUCCAUUUGCAUAAA